AUGUGGACACCCCAGGGGGUGGUGAGAGGUGCGUCUCAGGGUUUGGCGUCCCUGGUUCAGGCCAGAGUGGGAGCCUCUGCAGAGCUGAGCUGUAGUCUCACACCUACCGGUACUUCCAAAGAAGCCACCACCCCAAACCUGUUCCCGCUUCAUGUUGUGGAGUGGGUGCGUCUUGGUUACAACGUCCCCAUCCUCAUCAAAUUUGGAGUAUACGCUCCUCGUGUUCAUCCUAACUAUAAAGGGCGUGUGUCUCUGACUCGGGGCGCCUCUCUGCUCAUAGAACGGCUCACCCUGGAGGAUGAGGGCUGGUUCGAAUGCCGCAUCCUCCUCCUGGACAGCAAAACCGAUGACUUUCAGAACGGCACAUGGACCUUCCUCUCUAUCACAGCUCCACCGUUGUUUAUUAUGACACCACCAACUUUUGUGGAGGUUCUGCUCGGAGACUCUCUGACUCUCAGCUGCGGAGCUCAUGGCAACCCUCGACCGACUGUGGUCUGGCACAAAGACGAGAGCCCAAUAGAGAAACAUGAAAAAAUAAAAGUGCUCAACGGCACCUUGUCUCUGGGAUCAGUCACACAAAACUUUUCAGGAGUGUAUAAAUGCCAUGUGUCUAACUCAGAGGGGAACCUGACCCACUCUACACAGAUCCAGGUCCAAGGUCCACCGAUCAUCAUCAUUUCCCCCGAGGACACCACCCUCAACAUGUCCCAGGAUGCAGUUCUGCAGUGUCAGGCUGAUGCCUACCCUUCAAACCUCACCUAUGAGUGGUUGAAGCAAGGACAGAACGUUUACCAUAUUGAAUCCCUGAAGUCCAGAGUGAAGAUUUUGGUGGAUGGAACUCUUCUGAUCCCUAAUCUAAUCCCAGAAGAUGCUGGGAACUACACGUGCAUUCCAACGAAUGGAAUAUUGACCCCGCCCUCAGCUUCUGCUCAUCUAAAAGUGAAACAUCCAGCUCGUGUGGCAAGAAUGCCUCGGGAAACUUACCUGCCUGCAGGAAUGGAGGGAGUGAUUUUCUGCCCUGUUCAGGCCGAUCCUCCUGUUCUGUACGUCAACUGGACCAAGGAUGGGAAUAAUUUGAAUCUUGACAACUUUCCAGGCUGGAUGGUGAACUCAGAGGGUUCAGUUUUUAUAGCAACAGCCAAUGACAAUGCUGUUGGCAUGUAUACCUGCACUGCCUAUAACAGCUAUGGCACUAUGGGCCAAUCCGAGCCCACUAAAGUCAUUUUGCAGGACCCUCCAACGUUUCGAGUUCCUCCUCUACCAGAGUAUCUCCAGGAGGUCGGCCGAGAGUUGAUCAUCCCCUGUGAAGCCAUUGGAGACCCUGCUCCAAAUAUAACCUGGAGCAAGAUCGGUCCUACUCCUCGGUCGUCGUACACUGUGUUGUCCAACGGCUCCCUCUUGCUGCAGCCGCUGAGCAAAGAUCAACACGGAGGCUGGGAGUGUUUGGCUACUAACCGUGUGGCCACUGUCAGUGCAGUCACCAUGGUCAUUGUGCUGGGCACCAGUCCUCAUGUUGUGUCCUCGGUGAACGUCACCACUGAAAUGCACCAGGCAAACGUGUCCUGGGUCCCAGGCUUCGAUGGUGGAUUCACUCAGAAGUUCACUGUCUGGGUCAAACAAGCAUCCAGGGGGAAACAUGAAUGGGCGUCUCUGCCAGUGCCAACAUCCAAAAACUACCUGCUUGUCACCGGGCUGCUUGCUGGCACUGGCUACCAGUUUAGCGUCCUACCUCAGAAUAAACUCGGCUCAGGACCUUUUAGUGAAAUUGUAUCAGUGCGAACAAAAGCUGUGCCUACAGAGUCCCCUAAAGUCAUCACUCCUCUCCUGGCCCUGGGUCCCCCAAUACUUCUGUCAGCUAAUCGGACUGAACGAGGGGUUCUCCUACAGUGGCUGCCUCCCGAGGCUCCAGUUUCUCCACUGACAGGUUUUGUGCUGCAGGCCCGGUUGGAUCAGGGUCAGUGGGUCAUUCAUAACAGCAACAUCAGUGCCAAUCAGAGUGAACUACUCGUGCAAGGACUGUUCAGGGAUGCCACUUAUGAUUUGAGGCUGAUGUCCUGCAGCUACAAAGUUCUCAGUGAACCGAGCAGGUCUGUGAGUGUAUCCACAACAGGAAUGGAGGUUUACUCCCUCCGCCCAAGUUUCUUAGAGGUCAUCCCUGAACCGCUGUUGGCUGGUGUGAUCGGAGGAGUGUGCUUCCUGUUUCUUGCCAUCGUCCUUUCUUUGGUGACGGCAUGCUACAUGAGUCACAGGAAACAGCAGAGACGCAGAAAGAAAAGACAAGACAUGCCAUCUGCUUUCCAAAAGAGCCCUUCUCAGGAAGUUCGCUCACCUCCACGCAGCCCAGACAGCGUCCUCAAGUUGAAGCUUUGUCCACCUCUUCCCUUCUUUCCCAGCUCCACCUGUUCACAGUUCAAUCGGUCCUCCUUUGAUAAAGCCAGCCGUGGGGAAUACCACGAUCAGAGGAAGCAACUUUUGGCCAACUCGUCUCCACCACCUCAUUACACUCUUUUUGAAAGCCACCUGGGUUCCCAGGCGCCUUCACCAACUGCCCUAGAGUCCAUUUCCAGAGGGCCAGAUGGACGCUUUAUUGUUCAGCCGCUGCCACAGAGUUCAAGCCCCUCUAGUAAGAAGAAUCUUAAGACAGACGUCCUGCUAAGUAACGGUAGCGUGCAUGGUUCAGGGAGCAACAGGUCGUCAUUCCGAGAUUCUCCAAAGUCAAGCAUCAGGAGUUCAGAAAAGGACGAGAGGAAAGAGUCUCCUCUCGCCGUGGACGUACCAGAGCUGAGCAGGCCUCCUGCUUCACCAGGAAGAGUACGAGCCAUGGCCAGAAACUUCUCCCGCCGCGGCUGCUUUUACUCUGACGAUGAACAAGGAUCUGAAACUCUUUUGGAGAGAGUCAGCUUUUAUUCAGAUAACAGUGAGAGAAAAAACAGCGAUUCUCUGAGGAGGUAUUGCAUGCCUGGCCACACCGAAGAUCUGUUCUCCAGUUUAGGAAGGAGAACAAAGCUUCUUGACAGAGACAGGUCGUAUCAUCCGGGGUACCAAGCUAAUCAGAGCGAUGUGACUGAUAACAGCACCCUGGUCUCACAGCUUGAGAGCGAGCUGGAGAGGGAAAGUGUAAACAAGUGUGCCCAUUUGGCAAAAGAACGAGAAGAAAUUGAACAGGAGUUAAAAACUUAUGCAGCUGAUCAAAGACAUCUGAGUCGAGUGAGAAAAGAAACGCAUCCAAGUCAAACGAAAAGCCCUCAAAGGGAUGCAUCUAAAUCAGAGGGAGAACCUGUUUGGAAGCCUCAAGAUGUCACGAUCAGGCAGAAAAGCAGGGCCUCAGGUGUGACAAAUCAAGUAUCUGACUACAGGAGGGCGUGCUACUUUGGCAGCACCAGCAGUCCUUUGGAUCGGCUUCCUACAGCUCGUGUACAGUGGGACAUUAGCCCUGUCACAUCUGUCACCAGCCUCAUUCCUGUUCAAAGCCCUCAUAAGACCUCAUCCCCUGGGCUGUCUAGUGAAACCACAGAGGACUCCCUGGCUGUGGAUUCAUUACAAUCGCCGGUCACCCAGAACACCUCCCUCGGCACGCUGUCCCCGAACAUCACCUCUGAAACUUCUGUUCUCCACCUAGAAACACCUGACAGAGCAAAGUCACCAUCUUCUCAGAAAAAGUCUGAUGUACAUGUGAAACCCAACACUGAGCAGAGCUUAAAGGAAAAGCCACAAAGUGCAGGUAUUGUUUUAAAAUCUAAAAUUCCACCUGCUCCUUCUGGCACUCAGGUCCUCGAUUCAUCCGGAAGAAGUUUUUCAGCCACCGACGAGAGGCCUGAAUGUUCAGCUUCUGCACCAUCUAACCAGACUGGGAGAACUUCAGAAGUAGGCGCAACCAAACGGGAUUUCAGUCCUUCCAAUUCUUCUAAUCUAAACUAUAGACAUCAUGAAGCAUCAGCGAAGGCCAAAGACAGAGAGACUCAGGAGCAGGAAGAUCGAUGCAGUUUAGGUUUUUACUCAGAGUUAGAGAGGGAAGGCGUUCGAACACGAUCUAGAAGGAGUGACAAAUGUCUGUUCUCUGAUAGUCCUAGCCCUGUUUCAACAUUAACGUUCGUAGAAGAAGUCGAGAGUGACCAGUCUCAGUUUUCUGUCCCUAGAAUGUCAGACUCCUUCAAGGCCAAGCCUGCUGCCCCAUCCCCACAAAUGUCCCCAAACCAGACAAGUGCAAUUCUUGAAUACCUGAGCCUUCCAGGUUUCAUUGAAAUGAGUGUGGAUGAGCCAGUGGAAGAGGUUCCAGAGACAGAUACGACUGGACAAAGUUCAGAACUGAAGCCAGAAAAAUCUGUAGUGGCUAAACCCGAUGUAGUCCCUAGAAACUGGGAAGUUCACGUGCAGGAAAAGCCAGUGCCCGUCUCGAGCCGAGCACAAAAUGAAUCUGUAGCCGCUGCAGAAAGCAGCAUCAAUGUUAGCAAAAAACAAGGCCAUAGACGAUCCUCGCAUGUGGAAACUAGAGUAAGAUUCCCAGAUGACGCCAGACCAGCCUCACCUUGUUUGGAAAAAACAAGCAAGCAGAUCUAUGAUGAGAAAUUGAAAACUCGAGUUGGUGAUAAUAGCACAGGCAGGCCUGAAUCCAGACUAGGGUCCAGGUCAGCUCACACGUUGGUCAGUGCAGCUAAAGGCAUGGCUGACAUCGUGUCGAAACACACGCCGGGUUUUUUAGAUAAAAGUGAGUUUCCAUCGGAGCAACCCCAAAGACAAGCUUCUCAGGGAAGCAGGACUAAUAAGAUUGUGUCACGAAUAAAUCAAGCGCCUGUGCCAUUUCUAAAGAAAUCCUUAAGCCUGGGCCCCUGCAGGACCCUCUCAGGUGUAGGACAGCCUCGUCCUUUCCUCAAGAAGUCCAUCAGUUUAGGCUCGCAGAGGUGGGAGCACUUUGAGAACCCGAGGACGUACAUUUCAGAGAACUGUUACUGGGAUGAAUUCCCAAACCUAGAUGCUCCCAUGAAGUCUUACAGUUUGGGCCGAAUGCCGUCUUCCCUCCCCAGACCAGCCCCCUGCUGGAGAGAGUACGUCCCAUUUAGGCGUCCCAGCAUGGGGAGCUUAGAGAGGCCCCAUCACGCACAAAGAUCCUCCUACCUCACUCCAACUAUGUACCCGCCCAGAUCAACCUCAGUGUCUCCGAUGAUGGAGCCCCCAGAUCCACGACAGCAGGCUGCUGUUUUCCCAGAGUCCUCCAGGUGGUCUCCUUCUUAUCGGGACCCUCUUAGGUCCACCCAGCAUCAAUAUAUACCCAUGUCCACCUCCAUCCCUCUGCCCCACUACCAGCACUGGUCAGAACCCAGAGGAGAAAGCCUGAGGUUUGUGGACUCCAGGAGAGGCCCUCCAAGGUCCUACCUGCCCAGAGGCAUCAGCUGGCCCUCUCCUUAUUACUCCCCCUUCCCCCCCAGAGAGGAAGGAAGCUACCGACAUCCAGACAGGACGAUGGGGCGGAGCGGAGACUAUGAGCUCAGGGAUGGGGGCAGGACCAGUUACGCCAGUCAGAGCAGCGGUAGAGGUAGCGCGGGUCUCCUCCGACAGUCGUUGUCCGUCACGCCCACGCUGCUCAGCUCCCCGGAAACCACCGAGGAACACGAGCGGCACAGGGCUGAGAUGGAGCUGCCCAGGAGGAGAGUGAAAAGAAGGAACACAUCAGUAGAUGAGAGUUAUGAGUGGGACUCUGCUGAUGCCUGUGUGGACUCCGAGGUCCUGGAGGCCAACAGGUUUGGUCCAUCACAAAUGGGUUUUCGUAGAGGGCGGGGGGAUCUUCGAUGUGACCAAGCUGCUGGCCUCCGGGAUCAGCAACAGAAAGGUACAUCUAAGACAGGUUACCAUUUCUAUUGAACUGAGGGCAGCACUGAGGUCGAGGACACUGGAAACAUUUUGAAGUUUUUAUUUCUCCGUUAC